AUGGAGUUCAUCCUUGUGUGUUCAGUUUCUGUACUAUCACUGUUAGUCUCGGCGGUGUACUUGUACCGGACAACAUGGGGUCGCCGGCCGCUGCAGCAGCUGCCGCCUGCGCCACCGGGGUGGCCAGUGAUCGGACACCUACACCUGCUCUCGGAUAUGCCCCACCAGGCUAUGGCCGAGCUGGCCAAGACCAUGCGUGCGCCGCUACUCCGUCUGCAGCUGGGGACCGUCCGGGCCGUGGUGAUCUCCAAGCCAGACGUGGCGCGCGCGGCGCUCACGACCAACGACGCGGCGCUGGCGUCGCGGCCGCACCUCCUGGGCGGCCACUUCCUGGCCUUCGGGAGCUCGGACGUGACGUUCGCGCCGGCGGGGCCGUACCACCGCACCGUGCGGCGCGUGGUCGUGUCGGAGCUGCUCUCGGCGCGCCGCGUCGCGACGUACCAACGGAUCCGUGUGAACGAGGUCCGCCGCCUCCUCGGACACCUCGCGAAGAACGCCUCCGUCCCAGAUGCGCCGCCCGUCGACCUCAGCGAGUGCGUCCUCAACCUGGCCAACGACGUGCUCUUCCGCGUCGCCUUCGGCCGCGGCUUCCCGCACGACAAGGCGGCCAAGCUCGGCGAGGUGUUCGCCGUGGCCAAUGACUUCUUCGCCGGGUUCACUACCGCUGACUUCUUCCCGGAGCUCGAGCCCGUCGUCAGCACCAUCACUGGUCUCCGCCGACGGCUGAAAAACUGCUUCGCCGACCUCUGCGAGUUCUGUGACGAGAUCAUCGACGAGCUCAUCAGUGGCAAGCGCGACCUGAGCUCUGGCCACGGCGGCGACGAGGACUUCAUCGACGCCCUCCUCCGUGUCCAGAAAUCACAGGACAUGGAGGUACCACUCACCGACGAGAACAUUAAGGCUCUUGUUCUGGACAUAUUCGUAGCAGGCUCAGACACGUCGUUCGCCGCACUGGAGUGGGUGAUGACCGAGCUGCUCCGGCACCCGCGCAUCCUCAAGAAGGCGCAGGACGAGAUACGUCGCGUCAUCGGCGACAAGGGCUCCGUGGAGGAGUCGGACGUCGGUGACCUCCACUACCUCCGCGCCAUCAUCAAGGAGACCUUCCGGCUGCAUCCGGUGAUCCCGUUGCUGGUUACGCGGGAGUCCGUGGCGCCAUGCACUCUUGGCGGCUACCAUAUCCCGGCAGGGACGCGCGUGUUCAUCAACACCUUCGCCAUGGGCCGGGACCCGGAGAUCUGGGACCGGCCGCUUGACUUCUCGCCUGAGCGGUUCGAGAACAGUAAUAAUGGUGGCGGUGCGACGGCAGAUGUCGUCAUGGAUCCAGACUACAAGCUCCUUCCCUUUGGUGGCGGUCGGAGAGGUUGCCCUGGGUACAUGUUCGCGUUGGCCACCCUGCAGUUGUCGCUGGCCAGCAUGUUGUACCACUUCGACUGGGCGCUGCCGUCCGGAAUGCGCGCCGAUGAUGUCAAUCUCGACGAGAUUUUUGGGCUCGCCACCAGGAAGAAGGAGCCUUUGUUCGUGGUCGUCAGGAAUAGCAAGGAGCAUGAAUUCAAGGGGGGUGACACCGACGUGGUCGUCUAG